UAUCGAAAGUCAUUACGUGUAACUUUAUUAAUGCAGGUUUGUUUUCCUUAUUGCAGGACAACAGAAAGUGAACGUAUUAGAAGAAGAAGAACAAAGCUUGCGCAAACUAAACCUGCUGGAUGAUGAGUAAAACUAUUUUGUAACAGACUUCUCUUUUUGUACAAAAACCGUGUAUUUCAAUUUCUAAUAUAUCUCUGUUGUGCUCGCACGCCGUGUUCUCACUUGAGUGGCAUCUGCCAGUCCUGACUGUUGUGUUGUGUUUCAGAUUGCUCCUGCCUCCAGGUAAACGCUAAGAAAACGUGCUACAAGUGGUGAUGGAGGUGUUUAUGUCAAAACAUGAUGAACCCCCAGCCAUCCCUGGCAAGUUACCAGUCAACACAACCCCUCGCCAAUCGCCACUGUUAGGCGUCUCAUCAGACUAUGACAUCUGGAAAAUUAAAGUAAUGACGUGCCUACGUCGAGUUCCAACUUCGGAACACUUCGACUAUCUUCUGUCCUACUUGGAUGACGAAGCAGCGAAACGAGCGACAGCUAACGGCUUUAAUGCGUGCAAUUCACCAUCUCAAAAUUGGAAGAUUUUAGAUGAAUGUUUUUCGUUGAAGGUGGAUACCCAGCAGUCAGCCAUCCAAUUUUUGUCUCGCCACCAGAAACCUCAUGAAAGCCCCAUCGACUAUCUUCACUCAUUACAGCAGAUAGCAACCCAGGCAUUCCCUAGCCUGGACAUCUUGGGGCGAGAAGACAUCACACGCUCCCGUUUUAUUGAAGGACUGCUGCCAGGUGCACUGCGAGAACAUCUACUUCGAGUGCCACCGGCUGACACAGCCGACUUGAAACGAACGGCACUUCGGUUGUUGACUGCUGAAAGACUGUCAGUUCCAUUGGCGACCUAUCGACCAACCGUGAUGACUAUCGAUGAAGCUACCGAACCUAAUCGACAAGAUAGCUUUCAAAGCGCCGCGGCUGUUAGAGAGUUCCCUGACCAGAAUAGUAGACGAGGGCAGCCGACCCCCACAUGGAACGGACGGUCGUCAAGAGACAACUAUCGAGGCCAGCAAACAGAAUGCUUCUAUUGCAGACGUUUCGGCAAAAAUGCCAAGAAAUGCGGGCAUAACCGCGUGAAAAACAGAGGUAAGCAGUGUCGUUUACAUAUAUCGUCUUGCUAUGUUAAACAUUUGUGCCCUGUUACUAUUAAGGGUAGAGUGCAAAGUACUGAGAUUAAUAUACUAUUAGAUACAGGAGCUUCAGUAUCCUUGAUUAAGGAAGACCUCUUGCAGAAACUUAACCCUAGCACUCAGCGGAAACAACGCUCUUCUACCUUAAUUACCGCGAGCGGAGAACCCUUGAAAGCGUGUUCUAAGAUAGGGUUAGAGCUGACGAUUGACAAGAAGCCUUUUCAACAUGAAUUCUGGGUUUGCCCCACACUGACUUGGGACAUGAUUCUCGGGGUCGACUUCAUGUUAAAAUACCAGGUCUCUAUACACAUGAAUAAGUCAGAAGCGAAUAUUGGUGGAGUUGUCGUACAAAUACAACACCAUGAAAUACCAACUAAGUCCGUAGCCCAGGUGGGAACUGCAGAGAUUGUACGUCAGGUACAAGAUAACCAAUUAAUAAGUGAAAAGGACCGUCGGGCUACCAUUGACGUACUCCAACGAUUUAGCACUGUUUUCUCGGAGAACAUUUCUGGAAAUCGGACAACCAUUGUGCAACAUUCCAUUGUCACAGGUGACCACAUGCCAUUACGCCAACCACCUCGCAGAGUCCCGGUGCAUUAUCAACCUCAUUUAGAAUCCAUGAUAAAAGAUAUGUUAGAAAAAAAGAUUAUUGUACCAUCUUCAUCACCAUGGGCAUCGCCUAUCGUUUUAGUGAAAAAGAAAGACUCUUCCCUACGACUAUGCGUAGACUACCGCCGCCUUAACGCUAUAACUAAGCGUGAUUCUUUUCCACUUCCACGUAUAGACGCUACAUUAGAUGCCAUGAAAGGCGCUCGUUGGUUCUCGACUUUAGACUUAGCAUCAGGGUAUUGGCAAGUGGAAGUCCGACCUCAAGAUAGAAAAAAGACUGCAUUCACAGUACCCAAUGGUCUAUAUGAGUUUCAAGUGAUGCCGUUUGGGUUAACUAAUGCCCCAGCCACUUUCCAACGAUUAAUGCAGACAGUUCUACAUGGUCUCGUACCACACCAGUGUUUAAUUUACCUUGAUGAUAUUAUUGUGUAUGGCAGAACGCCGGAACAGCAUAAUGCCAAUUUGAAGGCAGUCCUACAACGAAUUAAGCAGCAUAACCUAAAAGUUAAACCAUCUAAAUGUCGACUAUUGCAAAAAGAAGUGCUCUUUCUAGGGCAUCGCAUUACAGAAGAUGGAGUAGCAACAGAUCAGGGAAAAACGAGCGCCAUUAUUAACUGGCCACAACCGAAAUCUGCCGAGGAUGUUCGCAGCUUCCUGGGACUCGCUUCUUAUUAUAGACGUUUCGUACGGGAUUUCGCAUCCCUGGCAGCACCUCUGCAUCGCCUGAUGCACAAAGGACGAACAUUUUUGUGGACCACAGAGUGUCAACAAGCAUUUAGCACUUUGAAGUCGUGUCUUGCUGCUCCACCCAUACUAGCUUUUCCGGACACUUCUGCUAAAGCGGGUGAGUUUAUACUCGAUACAGAUGCUAGUUCAUCAGCUAUUGGAGCAGUCCUGUCUCAAAUAGCACUAGAUGGACAGGAGCGUGUCAUUGCUUACGCUAGUCGGCGGUUAGAUAAGAGGGAGACAAGGUAUUCUACGACGCGCCGAGAGAUGCUGGCUUUGGUAAAAUUUUCGCAACAUUUUCGUCACUAUCUUUUAGGACGACCCUUUCGUGUACGCACAGACCACCGUGCACUACAGUGGCUUCGUUCGUUCCGUGAACCAGAAGGUCAGGUAGCGCGCUGGCAGGAGAGGUUGCAGGAGUUUGAUUUUACCUGUGAAUACCGACCCGGAAGCCGACACACAAACGCUGAUUCUCUAUCUCGUAUACCUUAUUCUCCUGAUACCAUUAGUGCCGUCCUUAGCACAGCCCCCGAGAUCGACUGGCCGUCUCUUCAAGCAGAAGACCCAGAUCUGCGAUUUAUUUAUCAGAGGCAACUACAUGGCAAUAAUAAACCAUCUAUGACAGAGUUAAAGGAUCAUUCCUUGGAAACGCGCCGUCUUUGUGCCAAGUGGGGCGGUCUAAGAUUGUAUGAAGACACGCUAUUUAUAGUCAGUGAAUCAAAACAACCACUAUUGAUAGUACCACGUAUACAAGUUCAGAAUAUUAUGGAGCAGGUACACCGAGAACUGGGGCACUCAGGAACACGGAAGACUAAACAUGCUAUCUGCGGAAGGUUUUGGUGGCCAUCCAUCCACGAAGACGUUGCAGAAUUCUGCAAACAUUGUAGCACGUGCUAUGCUAUCAAGUCACCCCGACAAAUACCCCACGCACCCUUAGUUCCAAUGACGACAGAAGGUCCGCAUCAGCGAGUUGGCAUCGAUAUUAUGGGGCCACUCACAACGUCAAAGAACGGAAACCGUUAUUUACUGGUUAUGGUAGACUAUUUCAGCAAAUGGUGUGAAGCUGUGCCUAUACCACAACAAGAUGCCCUCACAGUUACUCGGGCUUUCAUUGAUCAUUGGGUAUCCCGGUACGGCGCUCCCCUCUCAAUCCAUUCUGACCAAGGUUCAGCUUUUGAAAGUCAUCUCGUCGCCCAGGUAUGUCGAUUAUUGGGAAUCCGGAAAACACACACUACCGCAUAUCAUCCAGAAGGUAACGGCUUAGUGGAAAGAACCAACAGGACUAUCAAAGCUCUCCUUCAAUCGUUUAUCAAUAAGUCGUCGACGGAAGGUUGGGAUGACGUGAUACCACAAUGUCUGUUAACUUACCGCUCAUCAGUGCACGGAUCUACAGGAUUUUCACCGGCGACCCUGCUUUUUGGGCAUGAAUUGCGCCUACCCGUUGAGCUGCAAAUACCGCUGUUACCAUGCGAGAUCCAAGAUCAUGUAGUAUACAUCUGUAAUCUUCGCAGCCGCCUAGCCGACGCCUAUCGCUUAGUGAAGAUCAACCUACAAAAUGCCAGCAAGCACCAAAAGGACGUGUACGAUCGCAAGACGAACGGACCUGUGUAUAAACCCGGAGAUCGUGUGUGGCUGCACCGCCCUUUGGCUCCACCGGGGACAUGCAGCAAGUUCCAUCACCCUUGGCAAGGACCUUACGAAGUUGUGUUUAUGCGGUCCCCCACUACAUUCGUCUUACGUAACCUCCAACGACCCCAAGACGAUGUUAUAACAGUACACUACAAUCAAUUAAAGCCAGACAAGACAACGGUGCACUUAGAUACCCCGUUUGUCAACCCCCCGACUGCCGUCAGCCAUUAUGAAGUGCCACCAGAAGGAGGGGUAGCAUACCCAUGUCCAGCACCAGGCACUGAGGACAGUGCCUCAUGAAGAGAGGGGAUAGUGUAACAGUAUCGAAAGUCAUUACGUGUAACUUUAUUAAUGCAGGUUUGUUUUCCUUAUUGCAGGACAACAGAAAGUGAACGUAUUAG